CAAGUAAAAACGACCGCUUCAUAGUAUUGUCGAUUAGGCGCAUCUGGAAAAAGGAGGCACUCACUUCCCCUUUUGUUGCCGGAUAAACUCUCUCUCUCUCUCUCUUCACCGGGGAGGAAGAAGAAGAAGAAGAAUCACACUCUCUCUCUCUCUCUCUCUCUCACAGAAGCAAAUCUGAAAAACCCUAAUUUCAUUACACUGGUGUUCAGCUGUUUAUGAGAAAAUCUUGACCCAAUCAUGUCAGAAGGUGCAGAAAUUGAUGAGCGUGUCGACCUUGAUGAGGAAAACUAUAUGGAGGAGAUGGAUGAUGAUGUCGAAGAACAAGUAGAUGAUGAUGGAGUGGAUGGAGAUGGAGCUGAAGAUGAAAAUGCUGAAGGUAGUGUUGAAGAACAUGAAUAUGAAGAGUUGGCAGCGGAGGCUGAUGGGAAAGACCAAUUGGCUGAAGCAGAAAAGGGUGACAUUGACACUGAAUUUGUGGAGGAAGAUGGGGAAAAGCCACCUCUCAUUGAUGAAGAUGAGAAACAAAAGCAUGAUGAACUUCUUGCCCUUCCUCCUCAUGGUUCUGAAGUCUUUAUUGGUGGACUUCCUCGGGAUGCAUGUGAAGAUGAUUUAAGGGAAUUGUGCGAACCAAUGGGUGAUAUUCUUGAGGUGCGAUUGAUGAAAGAUAGGGACACUGGGGACAACAAGGGUUAUGCUUUUGUGGCUUUCAAAACAAAAGAGGAGGCACAAAAGGCUAUUGAAGACAUACAUAACAAAGAAUUUAAGGGAAAAACUUUGAGGUGUUCACUGUCUGAAACCAAACACAGAUUGUUCAUCGGUAAUGUUCCAAAAACAGUGACAGAGGAUGAGUUUAGGAAAGCCGUCGAUGGUGUUGGUCCAGGAGUUGAAAGCAUCGAGCUCAUAAAGGACCCUCAAAAUCCAAGCAAGAAUCGUGGGUUUGCUUUUGUUUUGUAUUACAAUAAUGCAUGUGCUGAUUAUUCACGGCAAAAGAUGUCAAGUUCGAGUUUUAAGCUAUAUGGAAAUACACCAACUGUCACAUGGGCAGAUCCAAAGAAUUCACCUGACCAUUCUGCUUCUUCACAGGUUAAAGCUCUAUAUGUGAAAAACAUACCAGAGAAUGUCACUACUGAUCAACUGAAGGAACUAUUCCGUCGUCAUGGGGAAGUAACAAAAGUGGUCAUGCCACCAGGCAAAAUUGGUGGGAAACGGGAUUUUGGUUUCAUUCAUUUUGCUGAGAGGUCAAGUGCAUUGAAAGCAGUAAAAGAAACAGAGAAAUAUGAAAUUGAUGGCCAAGUGCUUGAAGUUGUUCUUGCUAAGCCUCAAGCUGAAAAGAGACCUGAUGCUUAUGCCUUCAAUCCUGGAGUUCACCCAAACCAUCUUCCACAUGCUGGUUACGGUAGCUAUUCUGGAAAUCCUUAUGGCUCUUUAGGGACUGGCUACGGGGCUGCUCCUGCUUAUCAACAGCCAAUGAUAUAUGGCAGAGGUCCAAUGCCAGCAGGAAUGCAGAUGGUUCCCAUGGUAUUGCCAGAUGGUCGAAUCGGCUAUGUCCUUCAACAGCCUGGUGUACAGGUUCCUGCUGCCCGACCUCGCAGAAAUGAACGUAGCAAUGGUCCAAGUGGUCAAGCUGGGCGAGGUGGCGGCGGCGGUAACGAUGAAGGCAAUCGUAGCAGAAGGUUUCGACCUUAUUAGUGGUAGAAAGCAGAUAAAUGCAAUGUGGCUCGUGUCACCUUGCUGUCUUCUUGGUGGUGUGGGGCUUUGGGGACAAGAUACGUUACAGAAAAUCCUUUCUCAAUCUCUAUCCCACAAAAAAAGGGGGGAAAAUAUUUAAAAAAUAUAUGAAGAGAAUGUUAGGAUUAGGACCAAUGAUAUUAUGCUGUUAAGUUAAUGUUGGAAUUUACUGCUGUUAGAUGAGUCACACCCGAGUAAUUGCCCAUCUUUUCUGCUUGGAAUGCUUUUUGGUACAUUUUUAUCGACAACCUUUAGAACAUUAUGUUAAUUUGGUUUCAGUAAAUUUACCAUGUUUUUGUCGCUCCA